UGGAUUGAAAUGUAACUCGCAGACUCGUGACGUUGAUAAUAUAUCUUUACCAUUAACUUCAGAUAGAAUGUUGAUCCAUUCUUUGCGAAUAUUUGGAUUUUUGAUAGCGCAAGUGUUGACAAGAACUCGAAGCCCCCCUUACUCCGUUCAUUAAGGAGGAUUUACCUCUCACACCCUCCAACCGUAUCGUUUACAGUCCUGUAUAUCUUUAAUCGUGCUUAAACCAUGAUUGUGACUCAAGAACUGAUACUUCAAAAAUUAACACUCAACACUCCAUGCGGGGAAAAUUGUAUUUCAGUGUCGCCACAUGUAGGAAAAAAAUCAAAACAUAAUAUUUUGUAUGCCAGUCACAGACUUCUACCACAAAAAAAAGAUUAAACUUAAAAAAGAUUGGACUUCUGAUGCCGGUAUACUCAAUAUGUGUGUUGAACGUCGGAUAGAAGCUUUUUCUGUUUAACCCGUAAGCCGUUCUCGGUUUUCCCUAUUGGCUAUUGUCCAUAUUUUUCGUAGUUCAUUUGAAUUUCGAAAGGGAAUGCUUGAUUAAUCGAGUGGUAUUAUAUUAUUUCUAUUUCUUUGAUGUCUCCUACACUAAUAAGAUGUGGAUACGUUACUACGUUAGACAUAAUUGUUUAAUCAGCCUUUAUCAAUUGUUGUUCACAUUCAUACCCACAAUGUGGACAUAGAAUGGAUCUUUUAAUUUUUUCAGAAUUGUCCAUGGUUCUCAAUUCCUCUCACCGGAGUAUUUAUGGUAGCAGCAAAAAUUAUCAGUGUAACAUUGAUCGAAAACAGUCACUGACGAUUAUAAGCUAUAAUAACACUUAGGGGGUUAAUGAUAUUCGGCGGCUUAGUCUCCACGCUGUUCACUCUUAACCUGGAAUAGGGUAGCCAGUAUCCAAAUUUUUUUUUGUUAUUUAAAAUAAUAGAAAAGUCAACCGUUUUUAAUCAUCAAAAAGCCUAACAUUAUUAUUCUUUUAUAAUAUAUUUAUAUUUUAUCUUGUAAAAUAUAAAAUUUUUUUUUUAACAGAUGGACAAUUCAUUACAAAAUCAAACAACCAAUUUCAAAACAAAACAAAAAAAUACAUUUAUUUGUAGAUAAAUUCAACUUAAAAUGUCUUCUAGUAGUCCUCCAGUGGAUUGUCAAAAGCCUGUAAAAGUCAAAUCUCGCUGGACUCAAUCUUGUCAGAUAGAAAUGAUGAUGGAAGAGUCACAGUCUUCAUUAGAUAUGUCUGAUACUGUUACAGAUGUUUCAUUAAGUGAUUCAAAUGAUAGUACAGAUUAUAGUUCUGAAUUUAACUCUUUGGAAUUAAGAAAAUCUCGUAGGAAUAGCAAUAACAGAACAAACUAUAGACAAUCAAAUCAGAAAAAACAAAAAAUCUCUUCCAAAAAUGUUAUUGCAAAAGAACAUAAAGAGAAACAAUUGUCUAAUAUGUCUGACAAUGAUCAGGAAGACAAAUUUAAAUACAAUAUUUCACAAGAAUCUUUUAUUAAAAGAAAUACUUCAGUGGACUGGAACACUAUUUCAUUUUUUCAAUCAAAGAGUGUUAAUAAUAUAAGCGAAAAUAUUGAUAAAUUACCAUCAAAACCUAUUCGUCGAGCCUCUGUACCAUGGAAAUUCAAAUUCUCAUUUACAAAAGAUUUAAAGGAUAAUAUUAGGUUAUUAGAAAAAGAUGACUAUUAUAAUCUUUCUAAUGCUAUCAAAUAUUUAAAUUUGAAUAAGAUGCAAUUAAGUGAAGAUAAAAAAUUAACUCAAAAAGAGAAUACAAUAAAUAAAAAUACUUCCCAACAAUCAUAUUGUAUAAAUGUCUGUAAUUUAAACCGUAGAGAUUUUGAUGGUUUAAGUAAUAAAAUAUUAAAUAUUGAAGUAUCUUCAGAAAAUAAGCUUAAGCAAUCCCAUGAGUUAAAUAUGGAUGGAAAGCACUACAAUGAAAAAUAUCAAAAUACUGAUUUGGAGGUACCUAAAUCGUUUUUAUUUAAAUCGAAAAAUUUGAAAUGUAAUCCUAUCUAUAAUCUUAGAGAAAUUCGUUCCAAAAGUUGUGAUUCUAUAUUGAAAAAAACAUAUUAUUCAUUUAAACGCAGUAAAAGUUAUGAUGAUUUAAAUCAAUUAAAAGAUUCUGUGAUUGAUGGUUUUAAAUUACAAAAACCUGAAAAAAAAUCUCCAAAAAAAAAAAGACGACAGUCAAAAAGAAUUAAACCUAAAAAUAAUUAUAUAGAAAUACUUGAUGAUAUGAAAGUUCCAGAAAUUAAUUAUAAUAGGGUAGGUGAUGAAAUUUACAAAGAACACAAAAAUCAACUACUUGAAGCAAGAAUUAAUGAUAUAGAAUUUGAUGAAAAAUUAAAAGCUACCAAUUUUACAUUAGUUGAUGAAAAUGUAUACAGACCUAAUAGGCAGACUUUGAAAUCCUAUCCACCUUCUGAAAUUCCUGGGUUACGUAAGCUAAAACAACGGAUAAUAUCUGGGGACAUAAACGAUUAUUGUGAGUGUACAUUAUCUAAAGAAGAUAUAAUUGAAGGAAAUACAGGUUGUGAUGAUAGAUGUCUCAAUCGACUGCUUAAAGUUGAAUGUGGUUUGGGUUGUUCUCUUAAAAGAUAUUGUACUAAUAAACAAUUUCAAAAUAAACAAUUCAAGAAAACUAACAUUAUUAAAACUGACAAUAAAGGUUAUGGAAUUUGUGCUGUUGAAGAUAUUCCCAAAGGUGCUCUAAUUAGUGAAUAUGUUGGUGAAGUUAUUGAUUAUAACGAAAUGUGUAAUCGCCUAACAAAAAAAGAAUAUAAAAAUCUAAAUUAUAUGGUUCAAUUAAAUCCGGAUGAAAUUAUCGAUUCCACUUCAAAAGGAAAUGUGACUAGGUUUAUUAAUCAUAGCUGUGAUCCAAAUUCAGUUGGUGAAAAAUGGCAUGUAUUGGGUCAAUCUCGUAUUGGUUUCUUUAGCACUCGGCAUAUUGAAAAAGGCGAAGAAAUUACAUUUGAUUAUAGUUUUCAAAUAUUUGGAGAUGGUGCUCAAAUUUGUUAUUGUGGUUCAUCAAAAUGUCGUGGAUACAUCAAUAAAUCAUCUCAAAUUGCUGACCAAAACAGUUCUGAGGAUAGUGAAAGUGCUAAUGAAAAUGUUUUUGUGUCAAAACCUGAGAAAAAAGAUCGAAAAAAAAGAAAUUUGGAAAAUAGGACAACUUAUAAUGAUGAAAAUAAAUUGAGAGAGUUGGGCAGACAAUUAACAGAAAUUGCCAAAUUAAAAACUGGAUUAAAAGCUGAUCAAGAAAUGGCAACAUUGAAUUUGAAUAGACUUAUGGUACACAUUACAGACAGCGUCAGUCGAUUACAUGUUUUAACAUUUAUAAGAGAACAUGAUAUGAACAAAAGACUAUUUAUGGAUUUCAGUGGACUUAGUAUUAUUCAUAACUGGAUGACUUCAAAUGAAAAUGAAUCAUUUAAAUUAAUGAUUUUAGAAAUCUUAGCAGAGUUACCAAUCACAAAUAGAAAUACAAUUACUAAAUCUAAAGUACUAGAUGUUGUUGCUGAAUGGGCAAAAAUACCACAAGACGUCAAAACUAAAAUCGAAAGUUUAGAGUACGCUGUUACGGAAAUUAAAAAUCAUUGUCAAGAAAUUGAUAACUUACUGCCAAAUGAUAAUGAAAUAAAAAAUAGUCUGGUAGAAAAAUCUAGAGCUUUGUGGAAAAAGUGGAUUGUAUUGAAAAUGGUGUUUAAAAUUCCUAAAAAAAUAGAUCAACAUAAACCAACUACAGAUAUAAAUUCAUGUAAACUUAUUGACGAUUGUUAUCCAUCUCCUAUGGACAUAUCAAGUUUGGAUCGAAAAACGUUUAGAUAUUCAAAUAAAUAUGUAAAUAAAGUACGGAAUAAACAUGCUACAUCUUUAGAUCGUAUGAAAUUGAGAAAAGAAUAUAAAUUUAAAGUGGAUAAAGAACGCCAAAAAAUGUUUAGGAAAAAGGUGAUGGAUGAAUGGUAUGAAAAAGUUGACGGAGUAGUAAAAAAGAAACCCGAUGAAAAUUACUUACAGCAUCAUCAGACAAUAAAUUUCCUUAAUUCAACAUUAAACAAUAAUAAUGGAAUUAGUGAAAAAACAAGAUGGGAUUCUACUUCACAAGCAACACAUGUUGAUCAAAAUUCAAUAAUCAAUUAUGGUGGACAUACUCCUUGUUUGAAGAAUUACAUGCCACCACAAGCAGUACAACAAGCAUUUAUUCAAUUUCCACAGUAUUCUUAUACACAGUCUCAAGUUUUCUCUGAUUGUCAUGUAGUUAAUCAACCAACAUUGUAUUGUACUCCUUCACCACUGACAUCUAGUCAACCAUUGGAAACACAACUGCAAAAUAUGGCUAAAUCAAACAAUAAACAUGUUAAUCAAAAUAUUGAAUCACCUGUUCUAUCUCCAACAAAACAUCUACUUAAAUUAGCUGAAACUAAUGUCUUUAAUUUGAUCAAUGACAGUUUACGCAAGCAUUAUAAUCCUAAAAAAACAAAUGUUGUUGAAACAGAAAUGAAACAUUCCAAGAAAUCUUGUACAAGAGUUGUACAAUCUGGUGCAGAUUUAUUAGCAAGAAUUAAAGUUAUUAGUAAUUCUUUUAAAAAUCAGCCAUCAAAAUUAAUUACAGUUAAGAACUUGAAACAAAAAAAUUAUAAUACAAAACUUGAAAAGGUACCUUCGUCUGAUAUAAAGUUGAAAUCUAUUUGUGAUGAAAAUAAAAGAAUUGUUUUCAUCAACGAAGAAACCGGUGUGACUUCUAACACAUUAAGUGAAGAUCUAUUGCCGACUCCAAAAACUAUUCAAGUAUCAAAAAAUAAUAAAUUUGCAAAUGCCAUAUUUAAUUCUUUAUUAAAAAAGGUGUUAGAACCUGAAAAUGAAAACUCAGUACUAAAAAAAUUUGUUUCAAAAAAUCUCAACUCAAAUGUUAUCACAUAUCAUGAAACCGACAAAGAAAUUGAAUUGUAUAAGAAUAUGAAACCAAAAGUUUUAAAAAAAAUAGUUGGUCAUGUAAAAACUAAAAAUGGUUUUGUAGCUGUUAUGAAACGACAAUGGGGAAUUAAACUGAAAGGUUUAAAAAGGAACCGUGAUGAAAUACCAGCUACAAAACGUAAUAUAAUGCGUAAGGGUAGUAUACAUCGUUUAGCAUUGAAAAAUUGUCUUGUCAAUACAACAAAAUCAGCAUUAAAGAGACAUAGUAGUAUGAAUGUGAACGACUAUUUAAAAAGACCUAAAGAAAAAAGAGUUACAUUCUGGAUAGAAGGUGAGACAUCACCAAAUUUGCCACACUCAGAAGUAAGACCAAUUAAUUUGAAUCAAAAUAUUGUGAAACAAAAACCUCUUAUGAAGUGUUAUCCAUUUGAAAUACGAAAUGAACCUAAAUAUAUUUUUCAGCCUUCAACUUCUGCUAUUCAAAGUGGUGAUAAUUCUCAAAUUCCUGGUCUCGAUACAACUAAUGAUCAAAUCAUUACACCUAUUGUUGCAAAAUUCAAAGCAACAAGAAAUAGGCGCAUUAGCUUACGAGACAAGUCAACUGAAUUAGAGCAAUUACGUAGUCAAAGAAAUCAUAAGAUACCUAUCAGUAUGAUGUCUUUAUCUGUGGAUGUAUUAAAACUUAUUCCUGAUAACAGAAAAGAAAUGAAGAAAAUAAUUGACUAUUAUCAUUCAAUGGCUACUGUUAUAGUAAAGACUUUAGGAUCAUAUGCUAAAAAGACCUGUCAACAAGGACGUAUAAGAAGCGAUGAAGAUUUUAAAUAUCUUGCCAAAAAAAUUAAUGAAAAUGUGUUGUUAAAAGAGUUACAAUUAAAAAAAGUGGACAAAUUAAAAAUAAGUGACAGUACAAAAGAUAAAGUUGCCGAAUAUAUCAGAAAGUAUAUGUCACGGUUUGGAGAAGCGUAUAAAAGAAAACCAAGUGAACAAACUAAUCACCACAAACCGAAGUAGAUUACAUUGAAAAUAUUUACUAUUUUGUUUUAGUAUAACACUUUUUAACUGCCAAUAAUUUUUAGUUUAAAGUUGUUGUACUUUUUAUGCUAAGUAUUAAAAACUAAUCAUAAUUUUGAUUUAUUUUAGACUGAUUAGAUAUUUUAUGUGGUUGAUUUAAGUAUGAAUAUUUCUGUACAAUAUAUUAUAUAAAUAUUUUCUUUUUUAUGUACAGUCAUGACUUAUAUGUUUAAAUUUUUUUUUACA